AGCCCGCCGCCGCCGCCGCCAUGGAGGCCACCGCCGCUGCCGAGUUCAUGGUGGAGAGUCCGGAUGUGGUUUACGGACCCGAGGCCAUCGAGGCGCAGUACGAGUAUCGGACGACGCGCGUCAGCCGUGAGGGCGGCACCCUCAAGGUGCAACCCACAUCCACGCGCUUCACCUUCCGGACGGCCCGGCAGGUGCCCCGACUUGGAGUCAUGCUGGUCGGCUGGGGCGGUAACAACGGCUCCACGCUCACCGCCGCCGUGCUGGCCAACCGCCUGCGCCUGUCCUGGCCCACGCGCACAGGCCGCAAGGAGGCCAACUACUACGGCUCGCUGACGCAGGCGGGCACCGUGAGCUUGGGCCUGGACGCCGAGGGCCGGGAGGUGUUUGUGCCCUUCCGUGCGCUGUUGCCCAUGGUAGCGCCCAACGACCUGGUGUUUGAUGGCUGGGACAUCUCGUCCCUGAACCUGGCCGAGGCGAUGCGGCGCGCGCAGGUCUUGGACUGGGGCCUGCAGGAGCAGCUGUGGCCGCACAUGGAGGCGCUGCGCCCGCGGCCCUCCGUCUACAUCCCCGAAUUCAUCGCCGCCAACCAGAGCGCGCGCGCAGACAACCUCAUCCCGGGCACGCGCGCCGAGCAGCUGCAGCAAAUCCGCAAGGACAUCCGCGACUUCCGGUCAGGCGCCGGCCUGGACAAGGUCAUCGUGCUGUGGACGGCCAACACGGAGCGCUUCUGCGAGGUGGUGCCCGGCGUCAACGACACGGCCGAGAACUUGCUGCGCACCAUCGAGCUCGGCGGCAAUGAGGUGUCGCCGUCCACGCUCUUCGCCGUGGCCAGCAUCCUCGAGGGCUGCGCCUUCCUCAACGGCUCCCCGCAGAACACGCUGCUGCCUGGCGCGCUCGAGCUGGCGUGCCAGCGCCGCGUCUUCGUGGGCGGAGACGACUUCAAGUCGGGCCAGACCAAGGUCAAGUCCGUGCUGGUGGACUUCCUCAUCGGCUCGGGCCUCAAGACCAGGUCCAUCGUCAGCUACAACCACCUGGGCAACAACGACGGGCAGAACCUGUCGGCGCCGCAGCAGUUCCGCUCCAAGGAGGUUUCCAAGAGCAACGUGGUGGACGACAUGGUCCAGAGUAACCCAGUGCUCUACGGCCCGGGCGAGGAGCCCGACCACUGCGUGGUCAUCAAAUACGUGCCUUACGUGGGUGACAGCAAGCGCGCGCUGGACGAGUACACGUCGGAGCUGAUGCUGGGCGGGACCAACACGCUGGUGCUGCAUAACACGUGCGAGGACUCGCUGCUGGCCGCGCCCAUCAUGCUGGACCUGGUGCUGCUCACGGAGCUGUGCCAGCGCGUGAGCUUCCGCACCGACGCCGACCCAGAGCCGCAGGCCUUCCACCCGGUGCUGGCGCUGCUGGCCUUUCUCUUCAAGGCGCCGCUCGUGCCGCCCGGCAGCCCCGUGGUGAACGCGCUCUUCCGCCAGCGCAGCUGCCUGGAGAACACACUCAGGGCCUGCGUGGGCCUCCCGCCGCAGAACCACAUGUUCCUGGAGUCCAGGAUGGAACGGCCGGGCCCGGGUCUCAAGCGUGCGGGGUUCCGGGCCAGCGCCAGCCCUGUGCCCCCCAAGAAAGGUGCCUCCUCCCCCACUCCCAACGCCAACGGGCACCUGCCGGAGACCCCCAGCAGCUGAGGUGGUGGCCUGGCAAAGGGCACCCCCACCCCGCACCCCCACACCUUCCCGGGGACUCCCCACAAUAAAGCCGGCAGUACUUCCAGGC